GGGCCCCCGCACACCAUGGCCCCCGGGCGGACAGGGGCCGUAGCCGCCGUGCGCGCCCGCCUGGCGCUGGCCUUGGCGCUGGCGAGCGUCCUGAGCGGGCCCCCCGCCGUCGCCUGCCCCACCAAGUGUACCUGCUCUGCCGCCAGCGUGGACUGCCACGGGCUGGGCCUCCGGGCCGUUCCCCGGGGCAUCCCCCGCAACGCCGAGCGCCUUGACCUGGACCGAAAUAAUAUCACCAGAAUCACCAAGAUGGAUUUUGCUGGCCUGAAGAACCUCCGCGUCUUGCAUCUGGAAGACAACCAGGUCAGCGUCAUUGAGAGAGGCGCCUUCCAGGAUCUGAAGCAGCUGGAGCGACUGCGUCUGAACAAGAAUAAGCUCCAAGUUCUUCCAGAAUUGCUUUUCCAGAGCAAUCCGAAGCUCACCAGACUAGAUCUGAGCGAGAACCAGAUCCAGGGGGUCCCGAGGAAGGCGUUCCGCGGCAUUGCUGACGUGAAGAACCUGCAACUGGACAACAACCACAUCAGCUGCAUUGAAGAUGGAGCCUUCCGUGCACUGCGCGAUUUGGAGAUCCUCACCCUCAACAACAACAAUAUUAGCCGCAUCCUGGUCACCAGCUUCAACCACAUGCCGAAGAUUCGAACUCUGCGCCUCCACUCCAACCACCUGUACUGCGACUGCCACCUGGCCUGGCUCUCGGAUUGGCUGCGGCAGCGGCGGACGAUUGGCCAGUUCACGCUCUGCAUGGCUCCCGUGCACCUGAGGGGCUUCAAUGUGGCGGAUGUACAGAAGAAGGAGUAUGUGUGCCCAGGCCCCCACUCGGAGCCGCCGUCCUGCAAUGCCAACUCGCUUGCCUGCCCUUCAGCCUGUACUUGCAGUAAUAACAUUGUGGACUGCCGCGCAAAGGGUCUCACAGAGAUCCCCGCCAACUUGCCGGAGGGCAUCGUCGAAAUACGCCUAGAACAGAACUCCAUCAAAUCCAUCCCUGCAGGAGCCUUCACCCCGUACAAGAAGCUGAAGAGAAUAGACAUCAGCAAGAAUCAGAUAUCGGACAUCGCGCCAGACGCCUUCCAGGGCCUGAAGUCACUCACGUCGCUGGUGCUCUAUGGGAACAAGAUCACCGAGAUUGCCAAGGGCCUGUUUGAUGGGCUGGUGUCCCUGCAGCUGCUGCUCCUCAAUGCCAACAAGAUCAACUGCCUGCGGGUGAACACAUUUCAGGACCUGCAGAACCUCAACCUGCUCUCCCUGUAUGACAACAAGCUGCAGACCAUCAGCAAGGGACUCUUCGCUCCUCUGCAGUCCAUCCAGACGCUCCACUUAGCCCAGAACCCCUUCGUGUGUGACUGUCACUUGAAGUGGCUGGCUGACUACCUCCAGGACAACCCCAUCGAGACCAGCGGGGCCCGCUGCAGCAGCCCGCGCCGGCUCACCAACAAGCGCAUCAGCCAGAUCAAGAGCAAGAAGUUCCGCUGCUCAGGCUCCGAGGAUUACCGCAGCAGGUUCAGCAGCGAGUGCUUUAUGGACCUCGUGUGCCCUGAGAAGUGCCGCUGCGAGGGCACCAUUGUGGACUGCUCCAACCAGAAGCUGACCCGUGUCCCAAGCCACCUCCCUGAAUAUGUCACCGAUCUGCGGCUGAACGACAAUGAGAUCUCGGUUCUGGAGGCCACUGGUGUCUUCAAGAAGUUGCCCAACCUGCGGAAAAUAAACCUGAGCAACAACAAGAUCAAGGAAAUGCGAGAGGGCGUCUUCGAUGGAGCAGCCAGCGUGCAGGAGCUCAUGCUGACAGGCAACCAGCUGGAGAGCGUGCACGGGCGCAUGUUCCGAGGCCUCACCGGCCUGAAGACCUUGAUGCUGAGGAGUAACCUGAUCAGCUGCGUGGGCAACGACACCUUCGCCGGCCUGAGUGCCGUAAGGCUGCUGUCACUCUACGACAAUCGCAUCACCACCAUCACCCCCGGAGCCUUCACCACGCUCGUCUCCCUGUCCACCAUAAACCUCCUGUCCAACCCCUUCAACUGCAACUGCCACCUGGCCUGGCUGGGCAAGUGGCUGAGGAAGAGGCGGAUCGUCAGCGGGAACCCCCGGUGCCAGAAGCCGUUCUUCCUCAAGGAGAUCCCCAUCCAGGAUGUGGCCAUCCAGGACUUCACCUGCGAGGGCAAUGACGAGAGCAGCUGCCAGCUGAGCCCACGCUGCCCGGAGCAGUGCACCUGCGUGGAGACGGUGGUGCGAUGCAGCAACAAGGGGCUCCGCGCCCUCCCCAAAGGCAUGCCCAAGGACGUCACCGAGCUGUACCUGGAAGGAAACCACUUAACAGCUGUGCCCAGAGAGCUGUCUGCCCUCCGACACCUGACACUGAUUGACCUGAGCAACAACAGCAUCGGCAUGCUGACCAACUACACCUUCAGUAACAUGUCCCACCUCUCCACUCUGAUCCUGAGCUACAAUCGGCUGCGUUGCAUCCCCGUCCACGCCUUCAAUGGACUGCGGUCUCUCCGAGUGCUAACCCUCCAUGGCAACGACAUUUCCAGUGUUCCGGAAGGCUCCUUCAAUGACCUCACAUCUCUUUCCCAUCUGGCGCUGGGAACCAACCCGCUGCACUGUGACUGUAGUCUGCGUUGGCUGUCCGAGUGGGUGAAGGCAGGAUACAAGGAGCCUGGCAUCGCCCGCUGCAGUAGCCCUGAACCCAUGGCUGACCGACUGCUGCUCACCACCCCCACCCACCGAUUCCAGUGCAAAGGGCCGGUAGACAUCAACAUUGUGGCCAAGUGCAACGCCUGCCUCUCCAGCCCAUGCAAGAACAACGGGACAUGCAGCCAGGACGCCGUGGAGCUGUACCGCUGCACCUGCCCCUACAGCUACAAGGGCAAGGACUGCAGCGUACCCAUCAACACCUGCAUCCAGAACCCCUGUCUGCACGGAGGCACCUGCCACCUGAGCGAGAGCCACAAGGACGGCUUCAGCUGCUCCUGCCCACUGGGCUUCGAGGGGCAGCGGUGUGAGAUCAACCCCGAUGACUGUGAGGACAACGACUGUGAGAACAACGCCACCUGUGUGGAUGGCAUCAACAACUACGUGUGUGUCUGCCCGCCUAACUACACAGGUGAACUGUGCGAUGAGGUGAUUGACCACUGUGUGCCCGGGAUGAACCUCUGUCAGCAUGAGGCCAAGUGCAUCUCCCUGGACAGAGGGUUCAGGUGCGACUGUCUCCCUGGCUACAGCGGCAAGCUCUGUGAGAUAGACAAUGACGACUGUGCGGCCCACAAGUGCCGCCACGGCGCCCAGUGCGUGGACGCGGUCAACGGCUACACGUGCAUCUGUCCUCAGGGCUUCAGCGGGCUCUUCUGCGAGCACCCCCCACCCAUGGUCCUGCUGCAGACCAGCCCCUGCGACCAGUACGAGUGCCAGAAUGGAGCCCAGUGCAUCGUGGUGCAACAGGAGCCCACCUGCCGCUGUCCCCCUGGCUUCGUUGGCCCCAGGUGUGAGAAGCUCAUCACCGUCAACUUCGUGGGCAAGGACUCCUACGUGGAACUGGCCUCCGCCAAGGUCCGGCCCCAGGCCAACAUCUCCCUGCAGGUGGCCACCGACAAAGACAAUGGCAUCCUGCUCUACAAGGGAGACAAUGACCCCCUGGCGCUGGAGCUCUACCAGGGCCACGUGAGGCUGGUCUACGACACCCUGAGCUCACCUCCAACCACGGUGUACAGCGUGGAGACAGUGAACGACGGGCAGUUUCACAGCGUGGAGCUGGUGAUGCUGAACCAGACCCUGAACCUGGUGGUGGACAAAGGAGCCCCCAAGAGCCUGGGAAAGCUCCAGAAACAGCCGGCAGUGGUCACCAACAGCCCCCUCUACCUUGGAGGCAUCCCCACCUCCACGGGCCUCUCGGCCUUGCGCCAGGGCACAGACCGGCCGCUGGGCGGCUUCCAUGGCUGUAUCCACGAGGUGCGCAUCAACAAUGAGCUGCAGGACUUCAAGGCCCUCCCGCCACAGUCGCUGGGGGUCUCGCCAGGCUGCAAGUCCUGCACGGUGUGCAAGCACGGCCUGUGCCGCUCGGUGGAGAAGGACAGCGUGGUGUGUGAGUGCCACCCCGGCUGGACGGGCCCCCUGUGUGACCAGGAGGCCCGGGACCCCUGCCUCAGCCACAGCUGCAACCACGGAACAUGCGUGGCGACCGGGACCUCAUACGUGUGCAAGUGUGCCGAGGGCUAUGGAGGGGCUUUGUGUGACCACAAGAACGACUCUGCCAACGCCUGCUCAGCCUUCAAGUGUCACCACGGACAGUGCCACAUCUCCGAUCGAGGGGAGCCCUACUGCCUGUGCCAGCCUGGCUUCAGCGGGGAGCACUGUGAACAAGCACCAGCUUUUAAGAAUCCUGGCUGGCUGUGCCCUAGACACCCAGUUCCUCCAGACAAAUCUGCUAAGCCCCAACUUUUCAUCUCGCGAUGACCUAAGCAACUGCUCCAGGCCCGCUGCAGGGCCUGAGCCCCCAGGAGGCCCCUCCUACCUUCCUGGCUGUGCCUGCUCUCCGCUAAGAGACUGAGCAUCUCGACUUGGCUGCAGACCUGACCUGGGCCUGUCUGCCCACAUUGUAAGACAGCAGCCCUUCUCCUCCUCCACCCCAGGAGCAGGUUCCUCUUGGGUGAAGCAAGGGAAGAAGGGGCGUAUACUGUCUCCUCAGGCCCCAGGCACUGCCCUCCCUCACCAAGUUCUGGCUCACCCUCCAUGCUGCAGCUGUUUCUCCUACUGGAAUGUGGUACCAGGAGAGCUGGAGCAGAGCUGCUGGCAUGAGGAAGGCUGGGCACCAAGCCCACCCACAGCCCUAGCAGAUGUCUGACUCCGGAAGAUUCUGGGAGGCUCUUGAUGCCUCUACCACCGGAUCCUGCAGGCCACCAUCAUCCCGACAGCAACCCCCUUGCCUGUCUGUGACACCUCCCCAUGCGUCUCUGAACUGUGCCUUAUUCCAUCCGCCAAGCCCUGCCAUUUCAUAGAUGAGGGCACUUGGGCCUGCCUUAAGUCACACAUCUGACAGAUGGAAAAGCCAGGUCUGGAGUCCACACUCGAAGCUCAAGAGUCUUUCCAGAACAGGUGAAUACAGUUGAAGUUCGGCAGAGAAAACCUACUGGAAAAGGGGAGCUGCUGUUUUUCCUGCUCUUGUUCUGCCUGCCUCCUAUCCAGACUCUAGAAAGAGGGGCUUCAAUAUCCAGGGAACAUGAGCAAAGGCCACCUGUCCAGCUUCAGACUCCAUCCCCAGAAGGGCCUCCUCACCCCAUCAGUCGGUCCCUGUCCCCCAGGGUCUCAGUGUUCACACCAAUGUCCUGGCUCAGAUCACCCAUCCCUCCUACGCCCACAGCCUCCACUGCAAGGUUUCAGGGAGGAGAAUGUGGGGCCCUGUGGGCCUUUCAGCUCUGCGGGUGGCCCAAGGAGCCCGGUUGUUCCAGGAAAGCCAAGGGUGCCUCAAGACAUAGCGAAGGCAGUGAGAAAACAAAGGCAGAUGGGUGAACCCAGCAAGUGGGAGACAGGGCAAGGAAGGUGGGGAGGGAGAAGGGGCCAAGGGAGGAUGAAGCAAUAGAACAAAAGAGUGACAAAGGGAAGGAGAGGCAGGAUGCAAGAAUUUACUUUAAAGUAUGCUGUGGGGUAUGCACAAACAUUCCGGGGACUGGACCUUUCCGAGUGUGUUUCAGAUAUUAAUAGACUGACUUAGUUCUCGUUACAGUGCACUUCAGGUAGCAUUCUAAUUGCUCUAUCCAUUCAUUUCCUUCUCAAAGCCACCCUCUGUAGCCCAUUUUACAGUUGAGUAAACAGACACAGAGAAGGUCAAGAAUUGGCCCAAGAGCAAAUUCUGAAACCAUCAAGAUGGCUUGUCUUCUUAAAAAUGGACCGCGGCUUCAUGAUAUAUACAGUAAGAUCUCCUGUGCUGCCAGUGUCAGCAUUCAGGUAGCUGUCCAGGGGAGGGAAUGUCCUGCCCUGAGUCUUUAGGGAUGUGAAGUAUGAAGAGGCAUGCCAGAGGGCUGGGGCGGCAGGAGGAUGGGGUGUGCAUGGGGGAGCAGAGAGAAGUGGGGUAGACACAGAGGCAGGGCUCAACCACACAAAGCUGUGAGGGCCAAGCCAGGCAUGGAGAGCCAGUGGGGUUGUUUGAGCCUGGGAAUAGCAAGAUAAAGUCUGAUUUAAGAAUUGAACUGGCGGCCAACGUGAGAAAGGCUGGGAUGGGGCCAGUUUACUCUGUGGCAGGAAAACACUGGUUUCCAGAGGAAUCACAAACACCUUGUUGGUAGCUCAGAGGUUCAGUCCUGGAAAGGGUAUCCGGGGGUUUUCCCAACACCACUCCCAUUGUCCGUGCGUCCCCAAACUCCCAGACAGGCAUCCCUGAGCCUCAUCCUACCAACACCACCCCUGGCUAGCCUCUCCUGGCCCAGCAGAAAGUCCACUGGGCCUAACACUUUAAGAAAUCUGCCCAGGAUCACAGACAUUCCGGCAGGACUCACCUAGCCACCAGCUUUCCCUCUGCCCUUCACCCUGAAUCCAGCCACGGUCAGGAAAGACAGCCAAAGGGCCAGGCCUAUCUCUCAGCGGGGCUGGGAGGGAUUUUGAGCCUUCUCAUUUUCAGAAGCUGACUUUAAGAAAAGCCAAAUGCUGGGCCGGCGCCGUGGCUCAACAGGCUAAUCCUCCGCCUUGCGGCGCCGGCACACCGGGUUCUAGUCCCGGUCAGGGCACCGGAUUCUGUCCCGGUUACCCCUCUUCCAGGCCAGCUCUCUGCUGUGGCCUAGGAGUGCAGUGGAGGAUGGCCCAAGUGCUUGGGCCCUGCACCCCAUGGGAGACCAGGAGAAGCACCUGGCUCCUGCCCUGGGAUCAGUGCGGUGCGCCGGCCGCAGUGUGCUGGCCACAGUGCGCCAGCCGCGGCGGCCAUUGGAGGGUGAACCAAUGGCAAAAGGGAAGACCUUUCUGUCUCUCUCUCACUGUCCACUCUGCCUGUCAAAAAAAGAAAGCCAAAUGCAAGGGCCACUAAGAAAAUUCUCCCCAAAAUGAAAUUUCUCUACUAAGUGAAGGUUAAAGUGCUCCAGCCUCGAGCAGCCCCUUGGGCCGGGAAGAGUUCAGGUGGCUCGUUGGCACCUGUGCACUGGAGGCCCGUUGGAGCUCUACUUUCCCCUGAGCAGGAUUCAGGAAAAGAGGAGGGAGUAUCCCUUUUGGACUCUCCAAAGGGGCCCUAAAAUGGCUGAGGAUGGUGCUUUCCUUAAAAGCUCUUUGUAAGUAUAUGUACCGUAGAGUGAGCUAAAAACCGUCCACGCAAGAUGUAAUGAUAUUGGCGUUACUGCUAUUAUUGGUAUGCCAAAAGGCCCUUAUUACAAGUGAACUUCGCCUUUUCAAUCUUGCAGCAAAGAACUCAGGUCUGAUACUUCAGACAGGUGGGAGGCGGGAGGGGCGAGGAAAGGCAGGGAGCUCCAGGGACCAGAGAGAGGAAAAGGCUCCUAGGACCCUAGGCACCCAGGAAUGGCCAGGGCUCUGAACUUCCCCAGCAGCACAGCUAUCACCAGACUGAAACCCAAGGCUGAGCACUCCCCACUGCCUUCUCUGGGAACACAAGCCCAUAGCAGCAAGUGACCGGAACCUCAAAAAUUCACAGGAUCCUAGAUCUCAGAACUAGAAGAGUUCACUGGAGUUCACUGGCAGGUGGAUAAACCGAGGGUCAGCCCAGCAGGAGAAAUGCAGCACCAUUAGACAAAGUCUCAUACCAUUACUGAACGCCAAAGGCCGGAAGAGACCAGGGGUCCACCCAGGCCAAAGCUCUUCCUGCAUUUCCACAGUGGGAACCCACAAGGAGUAAAGCCUAGGACAGAGCCUCCUAUGCCUUCCUGACAGGAGAGGAUCCUCCACAUGCCCCCAUAGCCAUCUCCCUAUGUACUCCACAGGUGGCCAGGAAGCUGGGGACAUAGGUCUUUUGAGGGGACACUUCUCCAUGUUUCCUAAUCUGGGUUAAACAGUGCCUAAUGAAACAUUCGAGAGAAAUUGGUGAGAGAUACCAGCAAGCAGAACUAGUCAGGGCAGAACGGGGCAUUUGGCACAGCUUAAUUCUCUAACUCAACAAUAGGUUCUAGUAGGAAAAUUUUUAAAGAGGUUUUAAAAACACAGUGUUAAAGUGCUGCUUGCCCACUAUGGAAUACAUAAUGUGCAUUGUUUAACAGACUGUCAUAUUCUGAUGCUGUUUAAAUAAAUGGAGAAGUCACAGAGGGCUAGCGACCGCUCCUGUGACUACCCCAACAUGGCCCUGUUCCAUGUGCUUUAUUUU